AACCUCCGUUUCAUCGAUCGACGUAUGCGUUAAGUUGCAAGUGGAACUCGAAGCUUAAUGCAUCAAACCUUCGUUUACUGAAUUCAACGACGCUCCCAAAAUAUACGGAGAAUAAUAGAGCGGCACUCCGAGUCGGAUACGCCAUGUCGAACCAAAAGGUGAAAUAUGUAAUCUUCGAUAUGGAUGGUCUGAUGAUUGAUUCAGAGAGUGUAUAUACUCAGGUUACAAAUGAUAUACUUGCGCAAUAUGGCAAAUCCAUGUCAUGGGACAUUAAGGCUGGUCUCAUGGGUAAACCUGAGCGAGAAGCAGCCGCUCAUCUGCUUUCUUUCUUCCCCGAUAUUCCCCUCACAAUAGAUUCAUAUCUCCGCCAACGCGACACAGCCCAAGAUCUGAUAUGGCCUACAGUGGAGCCACUACCAGGAGUUCGCAAACUUGUCCAACAUCUCAAAAACCAUAAUAUCCCGAUUGGGGUCGCCACUGGCUCUCGCAGACGUAACUUUGAGCUUAAGACUGGACACUUAUCUGAUAUAUUUGAAUGCUUUAAUGGUAAAAUAGUCUGUGGGGACGAUUACCCCGGCAGAAUGCAAGGGAAACCCAACCCUGAUAUCUUCCUAAUUGCUGCCAGAGAGAAACUUGGUAGGAAUGUCGGUGAGAAAGACGAAUGUACUGAUGAAGAGAAAGGGGAGAGAGCCAAAGGUCUCGUAUUCGAAGACGCGAUCCCUGGAAUGCAAGCUGGAAAGCGAGCUGGUAUGGCUGUGAUCUGGGUUCCAGAUGCCAAUUUAUUGGGUGUGGAGUAUUCUGGUCGUGAAAGGGCUGACCAGACCUUGAAAUCUAUUGAAGAUUUCAAGCCAGAAGAAUGGGGCUUGCCAUCGUACGACAAAUGAUAGGAAAUAUGAUACACCACUGUUCGGUAAACAUGAGAGGUUUAAACCAUACAUUCGAUUCCAAUUACAAGACUAAUCCCAACAUUGCUUAUCACGCACAA